CAAAUUAAUCUCAUUGUUAAGUCUCUUCACUUCAAUCCUUCAAACUUGAAAAGAAAAAUUGUAGCUCAAUUUGAAAGGUGACAGCAAUGGCAUUCGUCACUAAAGCUCGAAUUAGCCUCAUUCUUCUCUUGUGCUUAGUUGAUCGCAAUGGUUGCGAACGGACAGGUCCGUUUAAUCCAGCCGAAGCUUUAGUUAAAGCUAAAAAUGCCGCUGCCGGUAAGUUAGGCCCUGAUGUUAAAACUUUUAAUGUGUUGGACUACGGUGCAAAGGCCGACGGAAAGACCGAUAGCUCGAUUAAUUUUAUAAGGACAUUCAAAGCUGCAUGCAAUUUCCGUGGAAAUGCUAUGAUGGUGAUCCCUAAAGGGGACUUCUUAAUAGGGCCAAUCAUAUUUCAAGGGCCUUGCUUCAAUCCAUCUUCUCUAAUUAUUCAAGCUAACGGAAUAGUGAAAGCACAAGCUGAUUUGUCGUAUUUUACCGGAGGAGCCGACGAUACGGAUUGGAUUACGUUUCAAAGCAUCAAGGGAUUGAUUCUAAGCGGCACCGGUACAUUCCAUGGCCAAGGUGCUAAGGCAUGGAAAUACAAUGAUUGUGCCCAUAAGUCACAUUGUGUCCGUUUAGCCGCAAAUUUCAAGUUCAAUAAGGUAAAUGAUGCAAUCAUCAAUGGGAUAAAUUCCAUAGAUCCGAAAGGGUUCCACAUAAUGGUCACCGUUUGUCAAAACUUUAGGCUUUUAAACCUUAAGUUGCAAGCCCCUGGAGAUAGCCCCAACACUGAUGGCAUUCACAUUAGUAAAUCGACUGUAGUGAAAAUAGCCCAUUGUGUUAUUGGCACUGGCGAUGACUGUGUCUCGAUGAUCCAUGGGUCUAUCGACAUCAGUGUCAACAAAGUAAUUUGUGGCCCAGGUCAUGGUUUCAGUGUUGGUAGUCUCGGCCAUUACGAUGACGAGGCAGAUGUUAAUAAGAUCGUCGUGACAAACAGCUCGCUAACAGACACAACAAACGGGGUUCGAAUCAAAACAUACAAAACCGAUUCCCCUAGUAAAGCUUCGAGCAUAUUUUUCACAGACCUAAUUAUGAAUCGAGUCAAGAACCCUAUUAUCAUAGACCAAGAAUACGGAAAUAGACGUAGUACUCAGACAUCGAAAGUGAGUAUUAGCGACGUUCGAUUUGUGAACAUCAAGGGAACUUCAAUAAGCAAAGUUGCGGUACAAUUCCUUUGCAGUAAAUCGAAUCCUUGUGAAGGCAUUCAAAUGAAUAAUAUCGACUUACAGUACGUCGGUCCACCACGUGACCAACAGCCUUUCGAAUCUAAUUGUACUAAUGCCAAGGUUUCCUACAUUGGGUUACAAAAUCCUCCGCCGUGCCGUUAGGGCGGCGCAUGGCAUUCAA